AUGGAAUAUUUUUUCACCAUCAACAAACGGCCAGGAUUGCCUCAUCUCGUGCUGAAGCUACUCAGUGCAGUGGGGAUUGCAGACGAAAAGAAAAGUCGCCAUCGCUUAACGCUAGUGCUGCUGAUAUUUGUUCUGAUGAUUGCAAUUCCCAAGAUUUGCUUUGGUUACUCUAGCUUCGAAGCAUCCAUUGUUGGUAUCGCAGAGCUAUUGUUUCAGAUCAACAACUUCCUAGGAUUGUUCAUAAUUUCGGCGCGCAACGAGGAUCUUAAGCGUUUAAUAGCGUGUGCCGGCAAAUUAGCCGACGAAGUUUUUCAAUCUGGUCACAACGACAUGGUGCAACUGUUAACAUCUCAGCACAAGCAAAUGCAUACGAUAACGAGGUGUUACUGUCUGCUCAUCUUCUAUACUGCGUGCAUUUACGCAUUUGUUCCAAUUGGCGCCUCGUGCUGGUCUUACUAUCAGUCCGUGCACCAAAACUCUUCCGUACAUUACGUUCUACACAUGGAAGAAAACUUCUACGGGCUUUCGAUUCGGACCUCGCUGGGACACUACCUCAUCUUCGCCAUCCCGAUGACGCUGACAUCCUUUGUUUGCGCAUACGUUGGCAACGCGAAGAUUAUGACCAUUUUCAACUUGACCAACUAUUGCACUGCUUAUUUUCAGCUGGUAGCCUUGAAGCUACAACAUGAGUCCGAAUCUAAAAUUGACCAUCGGGGCGUUAGAGCGAUUGUUACGAUGCACCAGCAAGCUCUACUAUAUGCCAACUUGCUGGAAAGAAUUAUGUCUCCGAUCAUGCUGAUGCAGAUCAUUUUGUGCGUUCUUAUGUCGAGUUCUAUGAUGCUCUACUUCACCUUUACUGUAAGUCGAACGACGUAA